AUGGAGGUGUCCCAUGUGAACAAUAGCAGUCAUCACGCCUGGUGGAAAGAGAUGCCAUGGGGCGACACAGACGAGUGCACCUCCUCCUGGAGUGGCACCACCUUCCUGAUAGUUGCCUACAGCGCACUGGUCGCGGUUGGCCUUAUCGGUAACACCUGCCUGGUGUUUGUCAUCACACGGCAGAAGGAGAUGCGGAAUGUCACCAACAUCUUCAUCGCCAACCUGUCCAUCUCUGACAUCCUCAUGUGCAUCGUGUGCCUGCCUGUCACCAUCAUCUACACCCUGAUGGACCGCUGGAUCCUGGGGGAGGCACUCUGUAAGGUCACACCCUUUGUCCAGUGCAUAUCUGUCACGGUUUCCAUCUUCACCCUUGUCCUCAUAGCCAUAGAGCGCCACCAACUCAUCAUCCACCCCACUGGAUGGAAGCCUAUGGUGCGCCACUCGUACCUGGCUGUAGCCAUCACCUGGUUAGUGGCCUGCUUCAUCUCUCUUCCUUUCCUCUUCUUCAACGUCCUCGACAACAGUCCUUUCCAGAACAUGAGCCUCCCCUUCAAUCUCUACACUGACCACUUCAUCUGUAUGGAGCGAUGGCCCUCAGAGCACAACCGACUGGCCUACACCACCUCCCUGCUGCUCUUCCAGUACUGCCUUCCCCUCAUCCUCAUCCUGGUCUGCUACCUGCGCAUCUUCCUGCGUCUCCGACAGAGAAAAUACAUGGUGGAGCGAGCCAGGGACAACUGUCAGAAGAAAGCCAAGGGGUCAAAGAGGAUCAAUGCCAUGUUGGCCUCCAUUGUGGUAGUGUUUGCCCUCUGUUGGCUCCCGCUCAACAUCUUCAAUACCUUGUUCGACUGGAACCACCAGGCCAUCCCAUCCUGUCAGCAUGACAUAAUCUUCUCUGCCUGCCACCUCACAGCCAUGGCAUCCACCUGUGUCAACCCCAUAAUCUACGGCUUUCUCAACAGUAACUUCCAGAAAGAGCUCAAAUCUACCCUAUACCACUGCCGCUGCUGGGGGUCACCAGAGAGUUAUGAGAGCUUCCCUCUUUCUAUUGUCAGCACAGAGGUCACUAAGGGGUCAACCUUGAGCAAAGGAUCAAUGAGCAUGAAUGUACAGUCCUGA